CCUUCUUCCUUGCUCAUCUUUGUCUUAUCUUGAAUUUCAAGAGAACCCCCUCUCUCUAUCUCUCUCCGGCCUCUCUUAUAGUUGAAAGAUCGUUUGCUCUUUGCCUCUCUCUCUCUAUUGGUUUGGUUAACAAGUUUCCCUUGUUGGGGAGGGAGGGGGCUGGAUAGUGGCACGAGAAGGCAUGUUCAGGUGGAUCAGGAGAGGAAGAAGAUGAUCAGAGACGAUGAGAGCAGCAGCUGCCUGCAGCAGGAGGACGCUUGCACCAGGAGUUGCCCUUCGUGCGGCCACCCCGUCCGAGAUGACCAACGCCUCGAUCGUGGCGACAAGGUUAUAGUGCUUCACAAUUUGCCGGGAUUGCCAGCGGGGGUGAAGUUCGAUCCGACGGACCAAGAGCUCCUGGAGCAUCUGGAAGGGAAGGUGAAAGGCGACGCCUCCAAGCUCCACCCUCUGCUCCAUGAAUUCAUCCCUCUGAUCCAAGGGGACGAAGGCAUAUGCUACACCCACCCGGAGAAGCUUCCUGGCGUUAACAUGGAUGGUCUUUCUCGCCACUUCUUCCACUACCCCUCCAAAGCAUACACCACAGGAACAAGGAAGAGAAGAAAGGUUCAGUCAGAUGAACAAGGUGGAGAAACAAGAUGGCACAAGACGGGGAAGACGAGGCCCAUCUUGGUUAAUGGGAAGACCAAAGGCUACAAGAAGAUCUUGGUGCUCUACACCAACUAUGGCAGAUUGAAGAAGCCCCAGAAGACCAACUGGGUCAUGCACCAGUACCACCUGGGGUCGCAGGAGGAGGAGAAAGAAGGGGAGUUGGUGGUGUCCAAAGUCUUCUAUCAGACGCAGCCGAGACAGUGUGGUGUUUCUGCACGUCAUAUCGGCGUCUCCGCCAAGUCGAAGCUUCUUGGUGUGAACUCCAACGCGGCUGCUGGGAUUGCGGAUUGCUACAGCAGAGGUGUAGUAUCAGCACAGCCAUUGAUGAAGGAACUGGCACAGGGUCAUCACCAUUUGAGCCUGCACCAGCCCAGCUACGACUCCCCAACUACAACGGAUCAGACUUUUAACCAAAUGCCCUCCCCACAACUAACACAGAAAUUGCCUUUACAGGUCGACACAGCAUCAUUCUUGGCCUAACCCAUGACUCAUUCUCUCUUUUCUGAUCUCUCUCCAAUGAUUCUUUCAUUGUUUCUACACGUUUGAUAGGACCCUUUUUCUUUUCUUUUUUUGACAGAAUAAGAUUGAUUGCUAUUAACGGCAGCUAUAUUGAUUUGUAUCUCAGAAUAUACUUUGUAUUCGAAAAGUUGAUCUGUAGAUAGAACACUUGUUGUACUCUAAGUA